AUGACUUCAACCGAUUCCGACAUUCGCUCUUCACCUGAAAUAUUAUAUCGUUGGUUUCCAUCAAGUCGUUUUCUUACUGCUUCAUUGUUGUGCAUUUGUUACGCAAGUAUACAUAUGAUGAAUAGUAAUAUGGGAAUGGCGAUCAUAUGUAUGGUAAAUUCAACCGAAUAUGAUGAUAACUCUGAAAAUAUACUUGCAAAUAUGCCUAUGCCUAUUAUUUUAUUAUCGAAUAAUUCAAUAUUUGAUGGGAAUAAUACAAAAGUUUAUACAAUACCAAAUUUAAUAGGCGCACCGAAGGUUAAUUGGUCAUCAGAAGAACAAGGAUAUGUUUUUGGUGCAUUCAAUAUUGGCUUACUAUCAAUGUUAAUUAUCGGUCUAAUAGCUGAUAAAAUUAAUGCAAAGUAUAUGAUUAUUGCGGCUAUGCUUAUUGCUAGUGUUGCAAAUUUUCUAAUCGGCUUUGCAUCAUCAUUAAGCGUUAAUAUUGCCAUUGGUGGAAGAUUAUUGGUCGGAGUUUCAGAUGCACUUUUACAGCCGGCUGCUAAUUCGUUAUUAACUCGCUGGUUUCCUCCAUCUGAAAGGAGUUAUGCUUUAGGAUUAGCAACAGGAGGCCGACAAAUCGGUUCAUUAGUAAUAAUGCCUGUGGCCGGUACUUUAUGCAAUCAAAACGCAUUUUUCGGUGGUUGGCCUUCAAUAUUUUAUCUAUCAGCAAGUGUUGGUCUUUUCUUCAUUAUUGUAUUUUUGUGUAUUGGAGCCGAUAAACCAUCGAAACAAUUUCUAAUAACGGAUUCUGAAUUACAUUUUAUUAUGAAGUCAAUCGCUUGUGAAGAUGCCGGAAAGAAACGAAUAGAAAGAAAAAUAAAAUGGCGUCCAAUAAUCACAUCAGCACCUGUUUGGGCUGGCAUUAUAUCGGUGGUUUGUCAUGAAUAUCCACUAAUGACAAUGAUUAUGUUCCUUCCGAGUUAUCUUCAUGAUGUUUAUCACUACAAGGCCACUGAAAAUGGUUUCCUUUCAGCUCUUCCAACAGCAGCCUUAUGGAUUAGUAAAAUUGUCUCAUCCUACCUCAAUACAUUGCUUUUGCAGAGAACAAAUUUUCGUCGCACAACAAUCAGUAAAAUGCUGAAUACAGUUGGUUCAGCAGGCCUAUCAGUUUUCUUAUAUUCUGUAACCUUGCUAGAUUCUAAAAAUGCUUCCUUAGCCGUAGUUUUUCUCUGUAUUAGUAUGGCAUUUACAGGUCUUCACACACCAGGAUGUCAGGCUUCUUUAGUAUCUAUAGCUCCAGCUUAUUCUGGAGCAAUAACUGGACUAGCAUUUUUUUUCGUUGCUAUAGCUGGUAUCGUGAAUCCAAUCAUCACUAAAUGGAUUGUUCAAGAUGGUUCACCAUUACAGUGGAAUUUAAUUUUUUAUAUUUCCACAAUCAUCGCAUUUAUCCCGGUUAUAGUAUUUAAUAUUUGGGGCUCAGCUGAUGUUCAGAGAUGGGCAAUUAUGGACGAACGAAAAACAAAAAGUUCUUCGCAAGCAGCAAAGAAUGCUGUUAUUCCUGCCACAAAAUAA